AUGGUGGAGGCACAAGAAAUUCUAGGAUACUGGGAGGCUUUUUAUGAAGGGAUGGUACAACCCACCAAUGGAUCAGCGCGUGCCGAACCCGUCCAUGAAGGCAAAAGUGGUACUGAUAGGACACCAUGGACGGAAUACCAGUUACAAAAUAUCGUUCAAAAAGGGCUGGAGAGAGUCAAUGCAAGCCAGAAACGAAUCGACAGCGCGUCUGAGGUUUUCGGGGUGGUGCAGAAUUUGAAACCCAUAUUCAACGCCGUCCUGAGCAACACACCACAUACUGCCCUUCCAUGGGCAAUCGUUUCCUCCACUCUUGACAUUCUUGCAAAUCCAGUUCGAUCAACCAAAGCUCUUUACGAUGGGGUCAGUCAUGUGGUUGGUAGGAUGCAGUGGUAUUCGAAGAUAACCGACAACCUUCUUCAGACUGGUAGUGAGAAUGGCCACCAGAAGCUCGAAGAAGUCCGUAAGCAGCUUGAGACUGGAAUGCUCGAUAUGUACAAGUGCAUGCUUUUUUAUGAGAUCAAGAGUGUGUGUUUUUACCACAAGAACCAGCUUGCAGUCUUUGUCCGUGGUCUUUUCAACAUUGAUGACUGGGAUGGCGGCCUGACAAAACUCAAUGAGCAAGAAAAUGCUCUCCGAUCUGACCUGCAGCAAUACAAGCUGGAGCAAAUCGUUGCGAUCCUUGAUCAAAUGGCCACCAAUAAGAAAUCAUGUGACGGGGCUGACGACGAGUAUCGCGAAUGUCUGAAAUCUUUAGGCGUGGCAAACCCUAUGCUGAGAACCAAAGAUAUUAUAGCACGGAAGAAUGAGGUUCUUAAAGAUUGCUAUAAAUGGGUAUUCCAGACGAAAUCUUAUCAAGACUUCAUGGAUUGGCAAAGCGAGGACACGCCGAACCUGCUUUGGGUUCAGGGACAAGCGGGUACUGGCAAGACGAUGCUCCUAGCUGGGAUCAUGGAGGAACUGAAUACAUUCUCCGCUAACUCAGUCUCACCAACAACUCUACAUUUCUUUUUCCAAGACAAGGACGGCCAGACUGAUCAGAGUUUGAUAGCAGUGAAGAGUCUCCUAUGGCUAUUGCUAAGCCAAUACCCGUAUCUCGUGCAAUAUGUUCAUGAGGUACAGGGUUCCCAGGGAAAUUUAUUUGACGGUGAUUACGCCUUCACUAUUACUUCCGAUUUGAUCAAAACAAUGCUGCAGGAUGAUAGGAUUGACCCAGUUAUCCUUAUACUCGAUGCUCUAGAUGAAUGUGAGUAUAAGGCUAGGACAAUGCUAACCAACUUUCUUGGUUCCCUACUACAAUUGAACUCAAGAGACAAUGGGAGGGUUAAGGUACUCAUUUCAAGCCGUCCUCUAGAGGAGAUUAAAAUAGCAGUAAAAGGUAUCAAGUCAACAAUACCAAGAGCCACCAUUGAGGUCGACAACAUUUCACUCGAGGCACCAAUAACCGCUUUUAUCGAAUGGAAUAUCGAUCGAUUAGAAGAAUCCACCGAAGACAAAACCCUUCUACCUACAAUCAGGAAGGGGCUUCGCAAACGGGCAAGCAACACCUUCCUAUGGGUUUCAUUGGUGUGCCAAGAGCUCAACCAUUAUGGGCUUCAUAUGUGGGAAGACAUCCUUGGUGAAAUUCCGGAUGGUCUGGUAGAACUGUAUGACAACCUUCUUGCCAAGUUAGAAGGAUCAAAAUACAAGCGUCAUGUUCAAACUUGCAAGAAGACGCUUACAAUCUCAAUAUUAGCACGUCGACCAUUGAGCCUUAAUGAAUUAGCAUUGCUUGCCGAAAUAGAGGAAAGCAUGAUACGGUCUAUCGUCCAUGACUGCAGAUCAUUCCUCACCAUCCAAGGAGACACUGUCUAUUUGUUCCAUCAAUCUGUCCAGGAUUACCUGCAAGUUAACUAUAACCGAUUGCAAGUCCAGCGCCGGGAAUACAUCCACCAAUCAAUCUUCGAGUUGUCGUUGAAAGGCAUGGAAAGUCAAUUAGAAAGAAACAUGUACAAGCUCCCAUAUGCAGGCUCCAGCUUCGAGGACAACAGCCUCCCAGCUCCAGACCCACUGCGUGCCAUCCGAUAUUCAUGUCGCUUUUGGGUACACCACCUGAAGCACGGCGAUUCCACGUACGAUGCAAGUGAUAUGAUUUACUCCUUCCUCCGAAAGCAUUUCCUUCACUGGCUAGAAGCCAUGAGUCUCAUGCAUAUGAUGCCCGAUAGUAUCGAGAUCAUAGAAGAACUAAAACCACUAACCACUUCACAUACUAUGUUGCACGGGUUUCUUCAAGACGCAAAAAGGUUUACCUCGAAGAAUCAACACACCGCUACCACCGCCCCGCUGCAGCUGUAUAGCUCUGGUCUUCUAUUCUCACCCCAGUCUAGCAUCAUCCGGCGAGAGUUUCAGAAAGAGAUUCCCGCCUGGAUAACAAGGUUUCCUUCGGCUGAGACGCAGUGGGAUGCAGUCUUACAGUCACUAGAUCAUCCCUCCGCUGUGCGCUUUACAUGCUUUUCGCCCGAUGGUCGAUUCCUAGCAUCUAGCUCUUGGGCCGGUCCAAUAGCUGAAUAUAGCAUUAUAAAUAUAUGUGAUCCAAACACGGGAGCACUAAAGCAAAGAUUGAAAAUUACCAACUCCAUGAGCUCGUUAGCGUUCUCUCCAGACAGCCAACGCCUAGCUGCAACGUGCUGGGACAACUGGAUCAGAGUGUGGGACACCGUUACAUGGACCGAAAUAAAGGUUCCUCACCAAUACGAAAGGUCUGCAGUAGGGUUUACUUCAGGAAACGAGCUACUGGUCUCUACAGCGGGAUUCUCAACACUUUCAAUAUGGGAUAUAAAGACGUCAGCGUCCGACCCGAAGAUCAAGAUUGAAACGCAUGCCGAAAUUGGAGCAGUGAGCUUUUCACCUGAUGCUGCGCUGCUCGCCCACAUUCGACGGGAUAGAACCAUCAAGAUUUGGAACACCUCAACCGGUGCGCUUGAGCAAACCCUUGUGGACCAGUUAGGUAGCAUCGAGGAUGUCUUGGUCUUUUCCUUUGGUAAUGACAUGCUCGUCUCGAGAUCACGCAAUGCUUUGCGAUUAUGGAAGACAGCAAAUCAGGAGCCGAUCUUCACUCUCCCACAUAAGGGGUCAGUCACAGCAGUAGCAUUCUCCAGAGACGACAGCUUAGCUGCAUCAGGGUGCUCGGAUUAUGUUAUUCGGUUGUGGAACACACGGACAGGACACCUCGAACAGGUUUUAGAAGGGCAUGUAUCCACACCCAUUUGUUUGUCCUUUUCAGUGGAUGGCCAAGUACUAGCAUCUGGUUCAGAGGAUCAUACCCUUAAGCUCUGGGACCUAAUGAAAGGAAAGUUAGACCCAACUCAGAUCUCCCAGCAGACAACUAGUCAAGAUUUGGACAGUCCGUCGGAUCAGAUUGCGGUCAUUGACCUUUCCCCUGACGAGCAGCAGGUAGCAGCAGGAUCAUGGGGCGGUGUUGUUACGCUGUGGGAUGUGAAAACUGGAAAUUUACAAUACACUCUAAAGCGGACAACGUCUUGUUCAACCUUAGCGUUCACAUCAGGCAGUCAGCAGGUAGUAUGGGGAGGUUUUGAGGGUAGAAUCCACGUGUGUAAUGCGAAAAGCGGGGUUUAUGAGGGAGAAACAGUGAAACGUCCGGCUCUACUGCGUCUAGAGCGCGAGCCCUCGACGCGCAAGCCAGAGGUUCUGUUUGAGGAUGGAUGGGUGGUAACAGUCAGCAGCGGACAGAGAAUUCUAUGGCUACCACCCGAGAAUCGGCCUGCCUAUUGGGUAGAUUGGAAAUGUAUUGAAAACGGAAACAUGCUGAUAUGCGGAACUGAUAAAGGCCAUGUUCAUUUUUAUGAGUUUCAUUUGGAGGGGUUUUUGACAUGA